UACAAUGCCAUCAUCAAAUGGUUUAACCAUAAGUGAAUAACUUGAAGAAAAUAAUAAUACUACAGUUACGAAAAAACGAACGAAAAUUUAUCAUCGAAAAGCUAGAUACAAAGCGGAGUACGGACUUUUUCAUUUGAAAAACUGUUAAUAAAAUAAUUAAAUUAAAAACUUUUACAUAAAAGCUUCUCAUUCCCUAACCUCAGAUUUAAACUUGAAAAAUGGCUGCCGAAAACACUUUGGAAAAACAAAUUGGUUGUAUUAAAUACACCCUUUUCUGUUUCAACAUAGUAGCCUGGAUGAUAGCUACUUCACUAUUUGCCCUCACCGUAUGGCUAAGAGCUGAACCUGGAUUCAAUGAAUGGCUACGCAUAUUAGAGGCCCAAGCCUUAUACAUAGGAGUUUAUAUAUUAAUAGCCACCAGUAUUAUCUUAAUGGCGGUAUCAUUUUUGGGUUGCUUAAGUGCUCUUAUGGAAAAUACCCUGGCUUUGUUUGUGUUCAUAGGCACCCAAGUGUUUGGUUUUAUAGUAUCCACCGUAGGUGCCGCUUUAUUAUUGCAAUACAGCACGGUGCACUCUAGUCUACAACCUUUGUUAAGUGUUAGCAUUAAUCGUUUUGUUAGCACCUCGGAAUAUUCCUAUUCUUCCUAUGUACUCAAUAUGAUACAAGAAAAUAUUGGUUGCUGUGGUGCCACUGGACCCUGGGAUUAUUUGGAUUUACGUCAACCUUUACCCACCUCCUGUCGUGACACCGUUAGUGGUAAUGCUUUCUUUAUAGGUUGUGUGGAUGCUUUGACUUGGUUCUUUGAGGCCAAAACUUCUUGGAUUGUGGCUUUAGCUUUAGCCUUGGGUUUGCUUAAUGUUAUAUGUGCUGUUAUGAGUUUGGUUUUGGUGCAAGCCGUUAAAAAGGAAGAGGAUGAGGCACGUGCUUAUAGACAUUAAAUGGGGAGCACCACUUAUAAGCUUUUUUUUUUUUUAAAUUUUAAAUAUAUUUUCAUAUUAAUUUUAAGCCGUUUAUACAUUUUUAAAAAACCAGUUGCACAACACCCACAAAAAAGCCAUAAAAUGCCGAAUGAACUUCUUUUUUACAAAUAUCAUUUCUACUUAAGUUUUGUAUUUAAUAUUAAAAAUGAAGUUAUUUAUACAAAUAUUUUAAUUAAGUUUUAAAAAUAACACCAUUAUUUUGAAUAAAAUUAUAAAAAAACUAUUUUUUGAAAAUUUUUCUGGUUUAAGAGAAGAAUUACAAAAACGA